AUGACCAAAGAUAAAGUUGAAGGUCGUCUUCAAAAACUACUCAAUAAUGAAUUAUCAUCUUCAUCAGAUGAUAAAAAACAAGUCAUUUCUGCUUAUGAAUCUUUAAUUAGUAUUCUUCAAACACCUGAAACACGUAAACAAUUACAUGGAUAUCAUGAAUUACUUUUCGGAUGUAUAUCUCAAAUAAUCCUCACGCCAUUUAAUCAAUUUUUUCAUGAUGAUCAAUUACGUUUUUUACUUGAAUUAGCAUCGAAUGCAUGUGUUUUGUCAAUGUCACAAAAUCAAAUUAUUGAUAGUUGGUUACAAAAUAUAGAAGAACGAACAUUUGAAAAACCAGAUAAUGAUGAUGAUGAUGAUGAUGAUUUAUAUGAAGAUGUCAGUGAUAGUGAAGAACAAGAAGAUGAAAAGAUAACAAAAAUACAAGAUAAUAAUAAAAAAUCAAAUCGAAACGCAAUUAAUCAAAAUAAAAAAAAACAUUUUUUUGCUGAUGAUGUAUCUCAUCAUGAUUUAAAUUUAAUGUCAUCAAAGGAGAAAUGUCGACCAUUAACAAAAGAUAUAUCGAAUCAACGUAAUAUUCAUAUUGCACAUUCACAUGAUAAUCGACAUGAUCAUAAAAAUUCUGAACGAAAUAAUGUAAAUAAAACUACAACUCCUGGAAACAAUAAUCGAAAAUCAACAGGUAAUGAUUACACAAAUAAUCGUAGUAAAGGACCGGAUACUGGUAGAAAUAAAGAACGCCGAGCAGCUCCAUUCAAUAACAAAUAUGGAGUUGAUCUUCGACUUUAUGAUUGUUAUAUCUGUGGUGAAUAUGGUCAUGUCCAAUAUGAUUGUCCUAUGAAACAAGCUAAUUCGAAAACUUUACAUCGUAGUCGUGUUUGUGCUAAUUUGACUAAAACAAAAGAACAGAAUCAAUCAAAAUCUUCUCCAUCGAUAACUUCAAUAGAAAUAAAUCAUAAUGAAAAAUAUCAAAAUAAAAUUCAAGAAGUUUAUAAUCAAUCAUCAAAAUUAAUCAAUAGUUCUCAAACAAUUGAAAAACAAAAUCAAACAUUUGAAUUAUUUCUUUCACUUAUACAAGAACUUAAAAAUCAACAUGAAGACAAUCUUUCAAAAAUAUUUCAUGAAAAAGAAUCAUUAUUCUAUUCUCUAUUUUGUCAUAUUGCUCAAAAUGAUUUUUUAUUUACAAACGAUCAAUAUUUUAAAUUAUAUCAUUUUAAAAAUAUUUUAUUACCAGAAAAAUAUAAUUUAUUAAAUGAAGAUCGUUCAAUAUUUUGUCGACAACGUUUUUUAAUACCAUUAAAUAUCAUAACAGAACAUAUUAAAAGUGUAACACAAAUUGAACAAACAAUAUUUAAUGAUUUUCAAGAACAUAUUAUUCGUUCAACAUCACCUAUAUCAAUAAUAUUAUUUGAUUUAAUUAAAUAUUUACUUAAAUCAAAUAUACAUAUUGAUAUGAAAUCUAUUGAAUAUUUAACACAUAAAAUUUUAUUUGAUUUAAAAAAAAAUAUUUUUUCAAAUGAACAACUUAAUGAACUUCAUAUAUGUUUUGAUAUUCGUGCGAAACGUAUUGAACGUAAUCAUCAAAAACAAAUAUGGAAAGAACGUUUAAUUUUAUUUAAAAAUGAUCAAUUAUUAAUUGAUCUUAAUCAAUGGACUUUAGAAUUUGAACAAAUUUUAAAUAAAAAUUAUAAUGAAGAAAUUAAAUCCGAAAGAAUUGUCGUUGAAAAUGCAAUGUGGUAUUUUGCUAUUUUAUUAAUGGCUAGUAGUGGACAUUUAAAUAAAGAUCAAUAUGAAUGUGUAUUAAAAUCAGCUAUUCAAUCAUCAUUAUUUAAUUCAAUACAAAAAUUUUAUUUUCAAUAUUAUUUAAAUCAUGGACAAGCACCAAUAACUAUUUAUGAAUUAAAUCAAAUUAAAUUAAAAUUAGAAAAUCAUAAUAUUGAUGAUAAAAAAUUAGCUUAUGAACAAAUUAAUAUGAUCCUUGAUAGACAAAAACCAGAAUUAAGUCAUGAACAAAUCAAACAAUCUUCGUCUGAAAAUAAUAAUUUAAAUCCUAUUAAUGAUCAGGUACAUUUUAUAACAAUAUUAUUGACUGAUUCUCUAUCAUUUCUAUUAAAUAACUCUGAAAAUAUCUAA